AUGAUUCUCAACCCCGCGAAUGCUGCCGUCGAGGGCGCACAUCUAUAUAUACGCAGCGGCGGGAUCGGGGGGGACCCGGCCAACCGACCCCCGGUCUACAAAGUCGUCGGGAUCGUCCUCGCAAUCGCCUCGGGGCUGUUCAUCGGCGUGUCGUUCGUGGUGAAGAAAGUGGGCUUGCUGAAGGCGAACGAGAAAUACAAUGAAGAGGCGGGCGAGGGGUAUGGAUAUCUCAAGAACGCGUGGUGGUGGACCGGCAUGACCCUGAUGAUCGUCGGGGAGAUCUGCAAUUUCGUUGCGUAUGCGUUCGUCGAUGCCAUCUUGGUGACGCCGCUGGGGGCGCUGUCUGUCGUGGUGACCACGAUCCUGUCAGCGAUCUUCCUGAAGGAACGGCUGAGUUUCGUGGGGAAGGUCGGGUGCCUCAAUUGCAUUCUCGGUUCAGUGGUGAUUGUUGUUAAUGCGCCGUCCCAGUCGGCCGUGGCAACCAUCCAGCAGAUGCAGCCGUUGGUGAUAUCGCCCGGGUUUCUUACCUAUACGGGCGUCAUAAUCGUGGGGUGCAUCUUCACCGCGUUCUGGGCCGGUCCACGAUGGGGGAAGAAGAGCAUGAUGGUGUACUUGACCAUCUGCAGUACCAUUGGCGGACUUAGUGUUGUCGCAACGCAAGGUCUCGGUGCGGCGAUUGUCGCACAGGCCGGUGGUACGCCACAGUUCAACCAGUGGUUCCUCUAUGUCCUGUUGGUAUUCGUCAUCGCGACACUGGUCACCGAGAUCAUCUUUCUCAACAAAGCCUUGAACCUCUUCAACGCCGCACUCGUCACGCCCACCUACUACGUCUUCUUCACCAGCUGCACCAUCAUCACCUCUGCCAUCCUCUUCCGCGGCUUCAAAGGCACUCCCGCCCAGAUCGCCACCUGCGUCUUGGGCUUCCUCCAAAUCUGCGCCGGCGUCGUCCUCCUCCAGCUCUCCAAAUCCGCCAAAGACGUCCCCGACGCCGCCGUCUUCAAAGGCGAUCUCGACCAAGUGCGCACCGUCGCCGAGCAAGAAGAGCCCGAAUCCGAGCCCCGCGCCGACUCCAUCCGCGGUGGCGCCGCCAUCCUCCGCUCCCUUUCCUCCGCCCGGCAGCAUCGCCAGAUCGAAGAAGCGAAGCGCCUGCAUGACGAGCGCAUGGAGCCGAUCCGCGAAGGCGAGCAAGUCGAAUGGGACGGCCUCCGACGCCGAAAAACCGUCCACGACCCCGGCCACCCCACUACCCUCCAACGCAGCAAAACCGUCCACCCCCCCCUCGGCAUGUCGCACUUCCCCAGCGAUGCCUCCGACACCGACUCCGACUACCACCCCGGCUUCUUCAGCAAAUUCUCCCUCCGCCGCCGCGGUGACUCCACCAGCACCGCACCCAACCGCUCCCUCCCCCUCUCCUCCCUCCCCCCCGACCACUCACCCACCACCAGCACCGACCGCACCACCUCCACCCACGUCUACGGCCUCCCCUCCGGCCUCCGCAAAGUCUCCGACCCCGACUCCUCCAAACCGCCCGCCGUCUCCAUCCAAUGGGCCCCUUCCGUCGACGCGCCCCCAUCAUCCCCACCCACCCCGCCACCACACGGCACCGAUUCCGGUCGCCGCCAAUUCUCCUUCCAAAACGUCUUCCACCGCCACCGCAGCGACGAUGGCCCCACCUACCCGCACGACGCGGCCGCAGGCCACCCCGCCGCGGCGUCGUCGCCGGUGCUCGGGAAGUCGUUGCUCCAUGGCGAGCGGCGUCCGGGGUUGCGGGGCGCGCUGUCGUUUAAUCGGAAGGACAGCUCGGGGCCGGGGACGACGGAGGAGGAGCGGUUGGGUUUGGUGAGUGGGGAUUCACGGACGUUGGAGGAGGAAGGGGUCGGGGGGCGGAGGGAGGAGGGGGAGAGUGAGAAUUUGGGGUAUAGCGAUGAUGAGGCGUGGGAGGUGCCAGGGAGGGAGGAGAGGAAGAAUAGUGAGGAUGAGAGUGAGUUUAGUGAGGUGGAUGAGAAGGUGGAGGAGUGGGAGGCGUAUCGGAGGCAUACGUCGAUCCCCAUCCAAACGCCACACACGCCGAUCCCUCGAUUCUACACGACCCGAACCCUCCUCCAUCCUCCAUCCACCAUCCAGCACCUAUACUGA